CUGAGCCAUGAAAACCCCGAGCAGUUCAUGAACAUUAGUGAGAAGAUCCACUUCCAAGGGUACCCCAGUGAGGAGUACGAUGUGCUGACUGAGGACGGCUAUUUCCUCAGUGUGAACCGGAUUCCCCAUGGCAGAGGCAACUGGGGACUCAGGUGAGGAUCCAGGUCACCUGUGCUGAUAGUGCAUGGGUUCAGCUUAGAUGGUGGUGACUGGGUGGACAAUCUCCCUGAUAGCAGCCUGGGCUUCAUCCUGGCGGAUGCAGGAUAUGAUGUAUGGAUUGGAAACUGCCGGGGCAACAGCUGGUCCCGACGGCACCUGAACCUCUCUGUUGACCAGGAGGAGUUUUGGGACUUCAGCUUCCAUGAGAUGGCCAUAUAUGAUGUCCCAGCCAUGGUGAAUUUCAUCCUGCAGCACACUGGGCAGGAGAAGCUUUUCUACAUUGGCCAUGCUCAGGGCAACUCUCUGGGUUUCAUAGCAUUUUCAAGCAUGCCACACCUGGCUGAGAAAAUCAGGCUGUUCUUUGCUUUGGCUCCUCUUUACACCUUUCAUCAUGUUAAAGGCCCUGUGUUAAAGAUUGCAUUUCUACCAGACGCACUGUUGAAGAUAAUAUUUGGAACAAAACAACUAACCCUGGUGGGAAGGGAGGAGAGAGCCAUUCUUGCUAAGACAUGCAGCAACAUGCUAAUAGCUGAAGUCUGUGAAAAUGAGAUCUUCCUUAUUGGUGGAUACAACAAGAAGAACUUGAAUGUAAGUCGACUGGAUGUAUACCUUGCUCAUUUUCCAGACUAUACAUCAGUAAAAACCCUUCUCCACUGGGGACAGACUGCCAAAACUGGGGAGUUCAAGCAGUUUGACUACGGGGAGAAGAAUCAGGAGAAGUACAACCAGGCCACCCCGCCCUUCUACAGGAUAGAAAACAUGACAGUGCCAACUGCACUGUGGAGUGGUGGGCAGGACUGGGUGAACCCGCCUCCGGAGACCAGUCGCUUGCUCUUCCGUAUCACCAACAUCAUCCACCAUGAGCACUUCCCGGACUGGAACCACUUUGACCACCACUGGGGUAAGGAUGCCCCACAGCACAUGUACAGACAGAUUGUCACUCUGAUGGAUAAAAAUUAA